AACCUUCACAUUUUCGGGUAGAUAUCAUUCAAAACAUGUGCACGUUCUUGAUUCAGCAGAAGUUCGAUUUUUAAUAGUUAAAUCAUAUUGAUACCGGUGAAAUAUAUUACUGAAGGAUGGCUAUUGAAACAAUCCACAAACCAGGUGCCUUGAAACAGACCAAUAAGGCCCACAAACAUGGAAAACAUGCCUCAAAGAGGGCACUGGAUCGAGUUGCGAAAGGGAAAACUAAUAUUAAGUCUGUCUCAAGGAAAAAAAGUCGGGAGCUUGGACGAGAUGACCGCCGCAGGCAGGCUAAUCAAAUCCGGAAAAAUAAGCGCCAGGAAGCGAUGGCUUUGAAAAGAUCGAUAGGAGGUGCAACAACUGCGCCUUUCCUGACAUGCGUUCUGCCCCUGCACAACAAUGUGGAUCCAAAUUCGGCACUGGCUAUCAUUGAGGGAUGCGACGAAGAGAUUACGGUGAAAAACGCGUCCAAGCACAUUCGCUACGUAAACGUACCUCGUUUCCGUCAGCGAUUCUCAUUCUUAUGUCCUGAGACUGGUCAUGGCCAUGAAAUUGAUAUUCUAGAUUCCCUAAAGGUUUGUGAUUCUACAAUUUUGCUAAUAUCUGCAACCGAGGCGGAAGAAGAUGUAAUUGAUAAAAUGGGAGCUAAAAUACUAAAUAUGGCCAUGUGCCAAGGGCUUCCCACUCCUAUGGUGUGCUUGAUGGAUUUAGAAUCCAUUGCUCCGAAGAAGCGCACCCAGGUGAAAGCCAGUGUUCAAAAACUUAUUUCCACGGUUCUUCCCGAUGAGAAAAUUAUGACGCUGGAUACGACUACUGACGGACUGAACCUGCUUCGCCGAGUUGGUGGACAAAAAAGGAACAUUUUGCAUAACAAAUCGAAUCGACCGCAUUUGUUCGGAGAGAAGUUGAACUAUGCAGCCGAUAUGAGUGAAGCUAACGUUGGAACGUUGAAGGUGACGGGAUUUUUAAGAGGAGUUCCACUAUCUGUCAAUCAGUUAGUUCAUAUUCCUGGAUUAGGGGAUUUCCAGAUGUCGGCGAUAUACGCACCGGAAGAUCCGUACAAGAUGCGAAAAAGCGAUGAGAUGUCUUCGGAGGAAAUAAGAUUGUUGGCCAAAGCUAAUCCUCUUCAGCAAACCAGUUUACAAAGGGAAAAUAUCCCAGACGUGAUGGAUGCUGAACAGACAUGGCCAACGGAGGAAGAAAUUGAGGCAUCUAAAAAUGAGAAUAAGAAAAAACUGGUCAAGAGAGUGCCGAAGGGCAUGAGUGAAUACCAAGCAGCUUGGAUUCCAGAUAUCGAGGAAGUUUCUGAAGGCGAUGAAGAUGAUGACGAAGACGAUGAUGAGGAUGAGGAUGAGGAUGAAGAAGAGGAUUACAUGUCGUGCGAAUCUGACACGGAGAGUAAGCUAGCGGAGACCGAGGAAAACGACGACGACGUCGAAGAAUAUGAGGAAAUAAAUAUUUCGGAAGGACCAAUUCCAGCGGAUAAAUAUGACAAUCAAAUGGACCUGGAUGAGGAAAAACGUACGUUGGCUAAGCUCCAAGCUGCAAAGGAUGAUGAAAUUUAUCCAGAUGAGGUUGAUACACCGGCAAAGAUUCCAGCGAAGGAACGAUUCUGUAAAUAUCGCGGUCUAGAAUCAUUCCGAACCUCGCCUUGGGAUGUGAAGGAAAAUCUUCCAUUGGAUUAUGCUAAGGUAUUUCAAUUUAAAAAUUUUGAUCGUACAAAAAGGAGGAUCAUCAAAGAGUCGCAAGCACUUGACGCUGGUGACGCUAUGCCGGGUUGGUAUAUUGAAAUCCACAUCCAAAAUGUUCCCCAAGACUUGUGGAAUACCUAUAUCUCCACUGGUGGUAAUGACUACAUUGUGCUGUAUGGAAUACUGCCCCAUGAACACCAAAAGUCUGUUAUGAACGUCUGUCUGAAACGGACGCCAAAUUCUACAAUCCCUAUCAAAUCCAAGGAACGACUAAUUAUUCAAUGUGGAUAUCGUCGGUUCAUUGUGAACCCUAUAUUCAGUCAACACACCAACGGGGACAAACAUAAAUAUGAACGUUUCUUCCGACCUGGUAUGACCGUGGUGGCAACGUUCUUCGCGCCAAUUCAAUUCCCUCCGUCGCCCGUCGUUUGUUUCCGUGAAAAUCCGGACACAUCGCUGGCAAUGGUUGCCUCGGGAAGUGUAAUCAAUUGCACACCGGACCGGGUGGUUUUGAAGCGUGCUGUGCUGAGUGGACAUCCAUUCAAGAUCCAUCGGAAAUUGGCCGUUAUCCGAUACAUGUUCUUCAAUCCGGAUGAUAUCGAAUACUUCAAACCUUGCAAGCUAAGAACUAAGCUUGGACGCGUGGGUCACAUCAAGGAAUCGCUGGGAACCCAUGGCCACAUGAAGUGUGUGUUUGACAGUCAACUGAAGUCGCACGAUACAGUGUUAUUGUAUCUUUACAAACGUGUUUUUCCCAAAUGGACCUAUGAAGAUUGCGUUGUCUCCUGCCCUUCAGGUGCUGGACCAAGCAGUAGUACUGGAUCUGUCGUUAGCCUCAAAGAGGAAGAAGCAAUGCAGGAGUAGGGUACCAGUUUGGCGAACCCAAACGGC